UAUUAAAUCAAAAUCAAAACAUUUCUAAUUCUCAUUUUCUUCCUCUUCAUCUUCUUCCUUUCUUUCUUCACUUUCUCUUUCUACUUUCUCUCUUCUCUAAACCCUUAACAGAAAACAACCCAUGAUUUCUCUGAAGCUAAUUCACCUACACAGCAACCAAAGCUUCCACCUUUAAACCAUUUCAACCCGACCCGUCUCCCAAAACGGAUCGGAUCUGUACUGGGUACGGUACAGCACUGGAACAUUCAACGUUAACUCACUUUCUAAGAAAGUGAGGAGAGAGAAAAUGUACAAGAACCAGCUACAAGAGCUGGCACAAAGAAGCUGUUUCAACCUACCUUCAUACACGUGCAUAAGAGAAGGUCCUGAUCACGCGCCGCGGUUUAAAGCUACCGUUAACUUUAACGGCGAGAUCUUUGAAAGUCCUCAGUACUGUACAACACUUCGUCAAGCUGAACAUUCAGCUGCUGAGGUGGCACUUAGUUCUUUGUCUCAUCGUGGUCCUUCUCAUUCUCUUGCUGCAAAAAUCCUUGAUGAGACGGGAGUGUACAAGAAUCUCUUACAAGAAAUUGCACAAAGGGUAGGGGCUCCAUUGCCGCAGUACACAACUUUCCGGUCAGGCUUAGGACAUCUACCUGUUUUUACCGGGACGGUGGAAUUAGCUGGAAUUACAUUCACUGGCGAACAUGCCAAGAAUAAGAAACAAGCAGAGAAAAAUGCAGCUAUGGCAGCUUGGUCGUCUCUAAAGCAAUUGGCGAAAGAAACUGCAAGCUCUUCAACUGAACCGGAGAACAAUGACGAACUAGAACAGAUCACCAUAGCACGAGCCUUACUGAAUUACCGUCUGAAGGAAAAGAUGGCAAUGUCAAAUCCAAAUGCUAUGAUUUCAUUUCCAAUGAAGUUUCAGUUUCAAAAUCCAAGGCCAACCAGCCCUCAACCUCGGCCAGCAACAUCAAAGAUUCUUCCUCUAAUUUGCCAAAAGACAGCACCUCGAAGCAGGCAUCCCGCAACGGCGUCAGCCAGCAGUGAUCACAGUUCCAUUAUGUCACCGUUUUCUUCUACACCAGAAAGCCGAUGGACCCGUCGCCCGAAAUUCCCUGCGGCAGGAGCAGCACCUUAUGUUCCCAUUCGACAUAUGCGAUCAUCAUGCCAGGGAGUUGCACCUCCAGUUACCGUAAGGAAUGCAAUACCUGUAUUCUCCCCGCCACCAGCCGCCGUGUCCCCUCAAGUAAUGCGGCCACUUCCUGUACGAGUUGCUCCCCCGAUCAAUAUUCGGCAAGUAGUUCCAGUAUAUGCUUCUGCUCCACCGGUUCGAAAAGAUGAACCUAUUCCCAUCAGCAAAAAUGAUCUGGCACAAGUACUAAAUGCUGCUACACCGCUUCGAGUAGAUGAACCUGUUCCCAUCAGUAAAGUCGAUCCAGCACCUGUAGUUUAUGCCGCUCCACCAGUUAUAAUAGAUGAACCUGUUACCGUCAGCAAAGUUGAUCCAUCACCAGCAGAAAAUGCUGCCCUACCAAUUCCAGUAGAUGAACCUGUUCCUAUCAGCAAAGAUGAUCCAGCAGCUUCAGCAGUUAAAAUAGAUGAAACUGUUCUUGUCAGCAAAGAUGACCCAGCACCAACCAGUGAUUCAGAUAAAACCGACACCAAAACUGAGAAUAUUCCAGCAGGAUCUGAAACAGUGCAGAGGUUGGAGCAGCUGAAAAUUUGAUUGUGAGAAUCUAGAGUUUGUUUCUGAUCUCGUAUAAUGAGUGAUGUAAUAGUUGAAGGUUAGCAUGAGCAAUGGAAUGAAUAUAUAUGAAAUUGAAGAGCAGCUUAGCACAUAAUUUGCUCAUAUUUUUGAUAUUACUAUUAUGUAUGUUGGUCGUAUCAUAUCUUAGUAUAGCUGUUCUGCCGGCUAUUCAUUG